UGGAGUGAGAACAUAAACAUAUAGAAUGUAUAUUUAAAACAUUUCAUUGCAUAUUUGUGAAUCAUAAUAUUUUCUUAUGGAAUCAUUUAUGUCAAACAUAAUAUUUAUAGAGUAAACUGGUAUUGAAUUUAAAACAAAAUUGUUUUUGUUGUGAAUUCGGACUCAAAACUCACACCAAUACAAACUAUGAUGUGUGGAGCAAAGGAAAGUAGUAACCAAUAUCAAAGCAAACAAUAAACAACAACAAUAAUGACAACACGUAGAUCUAAUCUAGUAAUCAAAGUGAAAAGGGCCAUAGAAAAGCCCAAGUUUGUGAAUUUUUAUAGACUUGAUCGUUGUUUUUAAAUAUUCAUGAUAGUAUGUUAAUAUUUGCUAAAAACGGGCAUAGAAGAGCCCAAGUUUUGCACGUCAUUCGACCUAGAAUGGUUCUUUGCCCAAGUUUUUCAGAACCACCCAUGACAAAAAAGAAUGAUUCCAUAAUACAUAUUAAUCAUUUUGAAAACUGUUGAAAUGUGUCUCAAAAUUGAUGUUGAAGUCUGGAAAAAUCGUGGCACUUUUGCAGGGCAACGUGGCACGAUUGAAUGGUUCAGCUUUUGGGUUGCCACUGGAAAAUUUGUGGCACGAUGCAGGAGGAACGUGGAAGACGGAUGGUCUUGAGUAUCGUAAGAAAGUUUCGAGUUCUAAAGAAAAGAAAUCCGGUGAAGAUGUUUCUAAGGCUGCUGUUGCUGCUGUGAGUUCUGAAGAGAAAGAAGUGAGUAAGGAGAAUGAGCUGGAGAAGUGGGAUGCUGAAUUUAUUAAGGUUGAUAACGUUACGCUCUUUGAACUCGUUCUUGCUGCAAACUAUUUGGACAUCAAGAACUUGCUGGAGCUUACUUGCAAGACAGUAGGCGAGAUUAUGCAUGGUAAGACAUCGGAGCAGAUUCGCCAGACUUACAAGAUUGUGAAUGACUUCUCUCCUGAGGAAGAGGAAGAAAUCCGAAAGGAAAAUCAAUGGGCUUUUGAAUGAAGUCCAUCAAUGUAGAACUUCUUAAUAGUAGAGACUAGUUUGACAAUGAUAGUUUAGAGAUUAAAUUGUGUUUUAUUCGUUAUUAUAAUUUUGGCAUCUUACAAUUGCAAUCAAGGAUCAGUCAUGUGGAUUUAUGUUAUGCUUUGUUUUAUUCAUCAAA